CAAGCGGUGACAUGCCGCAAUGGACGUAAGUCCAUAUUGCCCAUUAUUGGCUUGUCAUACAUACUCGAUGUCCUUUGAUUCCUCUGGCGUUUUUGGCUGAGCACUUUGCUUGAUAUCGAUCUCGAUUAAGCAGUCUCGUCGUCUUCCUUACUUCAACCCCUCCGACGGAUACUUUCUCUUAGCAAUCUCCCAUGGGGAUCCAUGAGAACAUCGCCCCUUCGAACUUAACAUUGAGUAUUGCCAAGCAAGGCAAGUAGUAUCAGGCCUUCUAUCUUCAACGAGAGAAUUAUGAAGUCCCCCUCGACUAUUGCCAAUGAAGUCGACCAGCAUCAAAUCUCAUGUUACUGCGGCAAUACCUUGUCGCCCGGGUCACUAGGCCAGAAUGCAAUUCUCCAUGUUAGGUUGUCACUCUACCGUGCGACGACACCCCUUCCACAAACUCCAACGCCAUCGAUAAUUCCUAUAAUUGGACCGUAUUCGUUCUCAAACUGUCAAACGGAAGGAACUUUUCUGCGUGCUCCAACAAACUUGGCGUCCGCGGGCAAUAUUAUGACGAAUGAACUUUGUGCCAGCUUCUGUGCAGGUUACGGGCAAGGCUUCUUCAUCUACAACUUCACAGUGCAAACAUGGCUGACUUGUCGAAUAGAAUGUUCGGUACAGAAUAUGUUAAGUCCUAUUUUCGAUGAGCAUUAUUUCCUAACCUUACAUGUCUUGCGAGCUUUUUACUCCGUAGCCCGUGACUUUGAAAUUAAACGCCACAAAAGACACCAUCUCAACUCCAUGUUUUUAUUUCUAAAUAAAUGCUAAUUUGAGAUGAUGCGCAGUUCAGGUCGUGAAUGCCAUUGCGGCGAUACAUUAUCCUAUGAGAGUAUUGUAGCACCUCUUUCAGGCCGGUAAGCUCCUCCGUUAGUAGUAGCCCGGUAUCUUGUCAAACCA